CGCGCGAUCUUUCCUUACAAGGACUGAAGGAGUUCCGUUACAAUUUUCUCACACGGGCGCACACCAAGACGCAAAGGAGGAAAGAGAAUGGGGACGAGGACGAAUUUCUACAAGACCCCUUCCCUUGCUUACAAGAAAGACUUCAGCCUCUCCUCCGUUCUUCAAAAUCUCAGAGCUUACAACGUCGCUGCUGGAAACGCUCCUCCUGCCGAUGAACCGCUUCCCAGCGACGACGCUAAGCGCUCCCGGAAACGCCGCCGCGCCUGGACAGUGCCGCCCCACCGGAACAAUGAAGUUGAGAACCGCGAUGGACCUAUGUCGCAUCAGGAUUAUAUUCAAAAGCGAAGGAUGGAGUUGGAUGUUGGUUCAUCUGAGGUUUAUCAGGAGUUGAGUGAAGAUGUUUUGGGAAGUUCGAAUUCAGGAAUACAUUUGGUAGAUUAUGGAAGUGAUGAAAGUUCUUCUUCAGAAUGUGAAGAGAGGCAGGAUCCUCCAAACUCAGGUCAACAAAAUGAAGUUGAUCAAGUUAAGAACAGAAGCGAGCAACGUUUUGCUGUUCCAGGGGAACCUGUUUGUGUGAUAUGUGGCAAAUAUGGAGAAUAUAUUUGCAAUGAAACUGAUGGUGAUAUCUGCAGCGUGGAUUGCAAGGUUGAGCUUUUGAAAAAUCUGAAAAAAAUUGAGGGGCACAUAAGCAACCAAAGUCCAGCUGUCUCCUCAUCUGGACCUAUCUGCACGUCACAAAUGCUUGAGUGUGGGGAGGAUACUUGGGAUUAUAACUGUCAUCGCUGGUCGAAAAAGAGAUCUAGUCUAUGUACUUAUGAAUGUUGGAAAUGUCAGACGCCUGGACACCUUGCUGAAGAUUGUUUGGUGAUAUCCGAUUCUAAGCUCCCUAAUUCAAGUCACACUUGCAACCAGGUGGCACCAGUCCAAAACAAAUCCAGUUCCAUAUCCAGAGAUCUUCUUGCAUUGUACAAAAGAUGCCACCAAAUACGCAAAAGCUCAUCAACUGCAAAGUGCAACACAUGCCAUAAUUCAUCAACUUUGGCCACAUGCCUUGACUGUGGUACUGUCUUCUGUGACAGUGCAGGUCAUUUGAAUGAGCAUAUCAUGGCACAACCUUGCCAUCGACAAGUGUAUUCACAUAAGCUCAAGCGUCUGGUGAAAUGCUGUAAAUCAAAUUGCAAGGUGACUGAUAUCCAGGAUCUUUUAGCUUGUCAUUACUGUUUCAAUAAAGCUUUUGACAAGUUCUAUGAUAUGUACACUGCAACUUGGAAAAGAGCUGGACUUUCAAUCAUUUGGGGUUCUAUUUCCUGUGAAGAUCACUUCACUUGGCACAGGAUGAAUUGUCCGAGUGCAGAUGUGGAAGACAGUGCAUAUAUCAUCAGGAGGCAUGCCCACCUACACAAGUCUGUUCAGCUCAGUGACUUCAUUUUCUGAUAGCAUUGUGGGGGCAGACAAACUAGUACUCUCUGUUCAGUUCGGCCCUUUCAACUCUUCUAUGGUAAUCAAGGAUGUUUGCAGAAUGCAUGGGUAAUUUGAGAUGAAAUUUGAAAUAAUUCUCUUAUUAUUUAUUUUUAUUAUGGAUUCAUAAUUUUUUUUUACAUUGUUAUUUGAUUUAGUAUGAUAAUGUUUUUUAUAUAACUAAUUAUAUCUAAUUUAUUAUAAAUAAUUUAUUCUUAGAAAUAGACAUGAAAAAUAAGGCCUUGUUU